AUGACAGCAGGAAAUCACUCCACAGUGACUGAGUUCAUCCUUGCUGGGCUAACAGACAAACCAGAACUCCAGCUGCCCCUCUUUCUUUUCUUCCUAGGAGUCUAUUUGGUCACAGUGGUGGGGAAUCUGGGCAUGAUCACACUGAUUGGGCUCAGUUCUCACCUGCACACCCCCAUGUACUAUUUCCUCAGCAGUUUGUCCUUCAUUGACCUCUGCUAUGCCACUGUCAUUACUCCCAAAAUGCUGGUAAACUUUGUGACAGAGAAGAACACCAUCUCCUACCCUGAAUGUAUGACUCAGCUCUACUUCUUUGCUUUUUUUAUUAUAUCAGAAUGUCAUAUGUUGGCUGUGAUGGCAUAUGAUCGCUAUGUCGCCAUCUGUAAUCCAUUGCUUUACAAUGUCACCAUGUCUUAUCAGGUCUGCUCCUGGUUGAUAGCUGAGGUAUACAUGAUAGGCUCGAUUGGUGCCACAGCUAUUACAGGUUGCAUGCUAAGAGUGGUUUACUGCAAGGCUAAAAUAAUCAACCAUUACUUCUGUGAUGUUUAUCCACUACUGGAGCUCUCCUGCUCCAACACGUACUUAAAUGAAGUGGUAGUUAUGUGCUUCACUGCAUUUAAUAUUCUUGCACCAACCUUGAUCAUCCUUGGCUCCUAUGUCUCCAUCAUUGCCAGCAUCUUGCGAAUCCAUUCCACUGAGGGCAGAUCCAAAGCCUUCAGCACAUGCAGCUCCCACAUCUCAGCUGUUACACUAUUCUAUGGUUCUAUAGCAUUCAUGUACCUGCAGCCAUCAAAUGGCAGCUCCAUGGACCAAAACAAAGUAUCUUCUGUGUUUUACACCAGUAUUGUGCCAAUGCUGAACCCCUUGAUCUACAGCCUGAGGAAUAAGGAUGUCAAAGUUGCUCUUUAUAAGAUCAUUGAGAAAUUCAGGGACCAGACUUCCUUUAACUUGUUCCUCUGA